CCCGUCAGGACUGCCAGUGUCAGACGCGAUGGUGUGCGCGAAACUGUCUGCAUGGACGACACCGUCCGCUUGGGCCCUCGAGCGGGAGCCGUCGUCGUUCGCGCCCAGCGGACGAUGGUCGAACAAGGACAUGGACCCGGUACCGCCACACAAGAGGACAUGGUCGACAUUCAACUAUGUCGCCUACUGGGUGUCAGACGCCUGGAACGCCGCGGUGUGGCAGCUUGCAUCUAGCAUGCUCGCCAUCGGGCUCUCGUGGCGUCAGGCCCUACCUGCCAUCGCGGUUGGGCACAUCAUAAUCUCCCUCGUCAUGGUGCUUAACGGGACCAUCGGCGCGCGGCUGCACGUCAGCUUCCCGGUGCUCAACCGGUCGUCCUUUGGGUUCUGGUUCAGCUACUUUACGGUGAUCAGCCGGAUGGUGCUCUCGAUGUUCUGGCUUGGUAUCCAAGCGUACACAGGAUCUCAGUGUGUCUUCCAGAUGCUGAAAGCGAUAUGGCCGUCAAUAGCGAGGAUGCCAAACCAUUUGCCGCCAGAUGCACAUAUCACCACCUCUGGGAUCAUGUGCUACUUCCUGUACUGGCUGAUUUUGAUUCCUCUCAUGUUCGUCUCGCCCCAGAAGAUUCGUUGGUUCUUCCUCCUCAAAGCGGUAGUCGUCCCGCCAGCGUGGAUCGCUAUCCUCAUCUGGUCGUUCGUCAAGGUGCCCGCCAGCCAAGGGCUAUUCGGACAACACACGCACCUUUCCGGAAGCACCCUUUCCUACGCGUGGCUCAGUGCGCUGAACAGCGCGUUAGGCAUAUACUCAACCCUCGCGGUGAACAUCCCUGAUUUUACUCGGUACGCGAAGAACGAGCGAGCGCAAUACAUUCAGCUUCUGGUGAUCCCCGUCGCUUUCACCCUGGUUGGCUUCAUUGGCAUCGCUGUAACGUCCGCGGGAAUAGUGCUCUACGGAUCUGUCCUCUGGAACCCGCUCACUCUGAUCAACCACUGGGACAACCGCCCGGCCGCCUUCUUCGCCGCCUUCACAUUCGCGCUCGCGACCCUCGGCACGAAUAUUUCUGCCAACACCCUUUCCGCCGCGAACGACAUGACAGUCCUCUUCCCGAAAUACAUCAACAUCCGGCGCGGGCAGGUCAUCACCGCGAUAGUCGGGCCCUGGGCGUUCGUGCCAUGGGAGAUUGUCACGACAGCACAGGGGUUCCUGUCAUUCAUGAACGGGUACACGGUCUUUCUUGGGCCCUUCGCGGGCAUCAUGGUCGCCGACUACUGGAUCGUACAUCGCGGCCGCGUCGACGUGCCAUCGAUGUAUCGCCCGCACGGCCGAUACCGCUACACGUAUGGCUUCAACUGGAGAGCUCUGGCAACGUUGUUGGUCGCGGUGCCUCCAAACUUGCCCGGCCUCAUCGCAGCAGUGAAUCCAUCCGUACACGUCGGUGGGGCUGUCAAGAUCUUCGAUUUCGCUUGGCUCUUCGGGUUCUUCGUCUCGGUCACCGUAUACUCUUUCUUGUCGCUGAUGUUCCCUGCAAAGGAAACUUUCCUCGACGAGGCCAUCACCGGCGGUGAACCGUUGGAAGACUCUGAGGCCGAUAGCGCAUCACAGUCGGGAAAACAAUCUGUCGAAGACGAGGUGAAAAGCGUGGUGUAACCUGAGUUGUAAGUCGUAGUCGCUGUACAUAUUGAUUGUACAUUCUCGCUUCGCACGAAGCCGUUCAGUAGAUGUACGGAAUAAGGCGGUACGGGGUCUUCUUCGUCCACUCGUCCCACUGCGCCCCGAACUCCUUGCUCAACACCGCGUCCUCCUUCGCCACCCUGCUCACAAGCGAAAUUGACA